CGUUUCCCCUACAUCACUUCCGUUCAUCUGCUGAUCGAGUCAGAAAGACAGUGGAAAUGGCGGCCUUCGGACGAAUUUCUCAAACUCUCCUGCGGUCCUCAUUGAUCCAGACUCGUCAACUCUCUGCCACAGCGGCUCAUGGUCAUGGGGAGCAAACAGCCAGAACAUGGAAGAUCCUCUCCUUUGUGGUUGCCCUUCCAGGAGUUGCAGUGUGCAUGUUGAACAUGUACCUAAAAAUGCAGCACCAUGCUGCACACCAUGUGGAGCCAGAGUUUGUCCCUUACAGCCAUCUUCGCAUUCGCAGCAAGCGUUUCCCUUGGGGUGAUGGCAACAAGAGCCUGUUCCACAACCCUGAAGUGAAUGCCCUCCCUGAUGGCUAUGAGGGACGUGAUGAGUGAUCUCUCCCUCAGACCACCUCACACACUGGGACCAGUCUCUUUCCUCAAUUCAUUACUGUUACUGGACCACACUCCCCAAACUGUUUACUCUUCUCUAUUC